GGUGUAAACAAUUUUUAUUUUAUUAUUGAUAAGUGGUAUUCAGUUUAAUUUCAGAAAGGAAACUACUAUGGAUAUUUAUAAUGUAUAUUUUUAAUAUACAUUAUAAAAAAGCAUUUGCAAUUUGCUAGACCGUGUAAUUUUUCAGAAUUUGAUAAUAUAAAUCUAGAUUCAGUCAAACCCAGCACUGAUGCAUAAUAAUAUUAAUUCUGUUGCACGAAGCACCCAGUACAGCAAAGUAUAUGCUGCUCAUGAGGUAAAUACAAAUACUGUAACGUAUAGAAAUAAUGGAAUGUAUCAUUAUGAGGGUGGUUGGCCAAAAGAUAUUAAUACGAAAGAGAUGGAACAAACUGUUAGAUAUAGACGGAAGAUAGAAAAGGAUGAGCUAUAUAUUCAUACUAUGCUGCAGUUAUUACCUGCAAUGGAACAUUGCAUUUUACAAAAUAAUGUAUGUGAUAUUUAUGAACAAUAUUUCAAUGAUAUAGAAGCAACAUCAUUGAUACAAAGAACAUUUUCCCGUACCGUGAAUGUAUACCGUGAUCCUUUAACAAUGAAACGUCAGAUAACACAUGUUUCAUGGUCACCUGAUCAAGGAACUCGUUUUGUAGCAAGUUAUUGUAAUACUGAUUUUAAAAAUAUAAUGAAUUUUAGUACUACAUCAUAUAUUUGGGAUAUAGAGAAUCCAGGUAGUCCAUUUAUGACUUUAAAGCCAUUUUGUCCGAUUUUAACUUUAGAAUAUAGUUCUAAAGAUAAUAAUGUCUUAGUUGGUGGUUUAAUGACUGGGCAAGUAGCAUUUUGGGAUAUAAGAAAAGGAUCUGAACCUAAUGAAGUUAGUUCAGUCAAUCAAAGUCAUAGAGAUCCAUGUGAUAAUGUUUUGUGGAUAAAUUCUAAAAGUGGAACAGAAUUUUUUAGUUCUUCAAAGGAUGGACAGAUCAAAUGGUGGGAUACAAGAAAAAUGAAAGUACCUACUGAAACUUUGGUAAUAGAUUUAGAGAAAACAGAAAAUCAAAAUGUUGAUCGGGCGACUGGCAUAUCCGCGUUACAAUUUGAACCUUCUAUGAGUUCACGAUUUAUGUGUGGUCUAGAAAAUGGUAUGGUAAUAUCUGCAAAUCGUAAAGGGAAAACACCGAGUGAAAAAUUAGCAGUUAGAUUUAAAGUUCAAUAUGGUCCAGUAAUAGGUUUAGAGAGGAAUCCUACGUUCAUUAAAAAUUUUUUAACUAUUGGCGAUUGGACAGCUAGAAUAUGGUCUGAAGAUUGUAGAGAAUCUUGUAUUGCUUGGACUCCAGGCCAUCGACAAUUUUUAAUGGGUGGUUCAUGGAGUGCAACAAGAUAUUCUGUUUUCUUCUUGAUCAAAAUUGAUGGAACUUUGGAUGUAUGGGACCUGCUUAUACAGCAAGAUUCUCCAGUUCUUAGUAUAAAGGUAUGCGACGAUGCUCUUACUUGUGUAAGACCUCAUGAACAAGGACAAUUAGUUGCUGUUGCUAGUAGAAAUGCUAUUGGAUAGAGAAACACGUAGGGAAAAAGUAAUCGAAGCAAAGAACAGAGAAAUAAGAUUGAAAAUGAAGUCUCUUCGCGUUAACGUUG